AUGUCUCGUAAGAGGUGUAAUAACCAGAUGAGAAUCCAAGUCCCAUUGAUGUUAUCGCUGUUGUCGCUGUCAAGCCUUGUGACGAGGUCGACAAUGGCUGAAGAGAUGGUGACCCCCAAAACGAUGCAUUUCGACACCAGCGGGCUGAGCCGACCGGACUUCCUGAAGGGCUUCGUUUGGGGGACUGCGACCUCGGCUUAUCAAGUCGAAGGCAUGGCCAACAAAGAUGGACGUGGGCCUAGCAUCUGGGACGUCUUCGUCAAAAUUCCACGCGGAGAUUUGAAGGCUUUUAUGAUAAGGAAGGCAAAGAUGAUAUGGGAACUAAUCAUGUUGAUAAUGAUGGGUGGUCGUGGCGCGCCGAUGGGCCAACAGCCACCACCAGUGACAGAGGCAACUCUGCAUCGAGUGGCCGCUUCUCUCCAAAUGUACGUGGAUGAGCUCCCUCAGAUGCCCAAGCUCUUCGGGUACGCCCUCAACACUGGUUCGCCUGAACCCGCUAAUCUCACUAUCGGCAUGUACAAGACCAAAUGGAAAUUUCACCGCGAUUUACCUGCAACAACUGUAUUUGCCUACGGAACGUCGGCUCAAACCGCCACAGUGCCCGGCCCCACCAUCGAAGCGAUCCGAGGCGUAUCGACCUGUGUGACAUGGGAAAAUCACCUGCCCCGGUCACACGUACUGCCAUGGGACUCCACUAUUCCCACCGCAAACCCCAAGCACGGAGGUGUCCCCACGGUCGUGCAUCUCCACGGCGGGGUCCAUCCCCCCGAAUCGGACGGCAGUGCUCUCGCAUGGUUCACCUCCGAUUUCAAGGAGACUGGUUCCGCGUGGUCACGGUACACGUACACAUACCCAAACGUACAACAAUCCGGGAACUUAUGGUACCACGAUCACGCCCUCGGUCUAACAAGGGUCAACCUCUUGGCCGGCCUAAUAGCCGCUUAUGUGCUUCGAGACCCGGCCUUCGAUGUGAAGAUGAACCUACCUGUUGGCCCGGAGUUCGAUCGCCACUUGAUGAUCUUUGAUCGAAGCUUCUACAAGGACGGAUCCUUGUACUUGAACUACACCGGAAACAACCCAACUAUUCAUCCUCGGUGGCGACCGGAGUACUUUGGAGAGGCCAUCUUAGUCAAUGGCAAGGUGUGGCCUUAUCUCCAAGUCCAACGUAGAAAGUACCGAUUCCGCAUAAUCAACGUCUCUAACGCUCGGUACUACAGUCUUGCAUUGACCAACGGCCUAUCGUUCACGGUGGUGGGAUCAGACUCAUCGUACUUAGCCUCACCCGUCACCACCCAACGGAUUCUCCUAUUGCCUGCCGAGACCUUCGAUGUGGUCGUCGACUUCUGCACCGCCACUGCGACUGAAUCCAUAUUGACCAACAACGCCCCUUACCCGUAUCCGACCGGGACUCAGCCUGAUCAACUAAUGGGCCAGGUCAUGAAGUUCAUCAUCAAGCCUGGAGCCCCCAGCCCACCAGAUACUUCCCGUGUCCCGGCAAGUUUGGCUCCAAGCCAGGCAGCGACGAUUGUCGGAGCCUCCCUCAUGCGGUACAUUACUUUGUACGAGUACCUGAGCUCGGCCAACUUGCCCACCCAUCUAUACAUAAACGGCAAGAGCUUCCACGACCCAGUCACGGAGACUCCAAAAUCGGGAUCCACCGAGGUGUGGGAGGUAAUCAACUUGACCGGAGACAACCACCCGCUUCAUGUUCACCUAGCGACUUUUCAGGCGAUCAAAGUGCAACGGUUGGUAGAUGAGCGAGGAUUCUUGAACUGCAUGACCAGCAAGAACGACGCAAACGACGCAGUGGCAUGCAACGUAACGGGCCAUGCAACUGGGCCCACUCUCGACAUUCCGGCUCGUGAGAGGGCGUGGAAGAACGUCGUCAAGAUCGAGCCCGGUUACAAAACGACAGUCGUCGUGCACUUCAAUCUGGUUGAAGAAAACAAUGCUCCGUACCCCUUUGAUGCCACUUCAGCUCCAGGGUAUGUUUACCAUUGCCACAUACUGGAUCAUGAAGAUAAUGAGAUGAUACGGCCCUUGAAGCUGGUAAAAUGAGAAGAUAUAGCUCUUUUGUGUGAGGUUUGAGAUGGCGUUUUCAAGUGUGAAUUAACGUUGAUGUAACAUACUCACGUCCUUGAUUUGUGUUUGUUUGUUUUCUUUCUGUUCCGGUUCAAGUGUGAAUUAAUGUUCAUGUGAA